AUGUCUCCGAAUCGCAGCUUGUGGGGCGUCAAAGGUAGUUACAUGUUUCUGGAGAAUUGUGCCAUGCUUCCUAGCUGUAACAAAUCUCCGGCUGACUGGGAUUCCCGAAAUGACAACCUCUCAGAUAACGAAGAUAUUACCACAGUCCCGCAGAUGAUAUCCAUCAGCAGACUCAUCAAAAUUAAAAAUAGCAACGGCGGUUUCAAUACCGAACGAAUAGUGGACGGGAAAUCUGGGGCCCCAGGAUCUUGGUCGAACUCGAAUGACGCCUUUGCCGUGGUUCCAUGGGCCCCGAAUCCGAGCGGCCCACCGGAGUUUGAGCUGGGAUGA